UUACUAAUUGGGUUAUUUCUUAUUUAAAAUUUAUACCACGGUAAGAAGUGCAAAUGUUUGUGUCCUUCUUGACGUACGAUUGAGUUGUGUAAUUUGAUUUACCGAAAGAAGACGCUCUCCCCCCCCCCCCCCCCUACAAAAUCGGAUGCCGGAUCCAUCGAGUUAGAUGAAAAUCAAAGCAGCAAGUCUUUACUUUUGACUUCUUCACAAAUCUUCUGUAUUAUAGUUCUUCCGUUCUUACCUUAUGGGAUAGUUUAACAUAAUAUUUAACUGAUUCUCGCAACAACAACACGAAUCUGCAUUAAGCGCUGAAGCUAUUAUCGUUAUUAUUUAUAUGUAAUAAUUCUUUGCGGACUUAAAGUUGAACUUGCGGACACUGUGCUGAGAACGCGAUUUAGAAGUUCCAUUAAUUAACUUCUUAAUUCUUAUUUACAAUUAUGUGCGUGCAUUUCGACUUUUACGUAAACUGUAAACGGCGGGUGUUAUACAGCUAAAAAGGAAUUCCACUUGUUGGCCAUAGCCGGUUUAAUCAGUCAGUCUAAUCAAGGCCCAGUGCGUGCGUGUACCCAGGACGGACGGUCACGAAUCUGGUGUCCGAGACCCCACUGUAAACACCUUUUCUUUUAUUGUAUAAUUUUAAGAAUUCUGUUAAUCACUUGACAGAAUCCGUUAACAAAAUCGCAUUAAGUAUUGAACUAUAAAGUUGUAAAAGAGGAUGUAGGAACUUUCAUCCCUUCACUGGUGGAGGCCCAGGCCCACCUUAGGUUCUCAGCCAAAAAAUUCAAUUUUGAUCGAGAAAUUAAAACGGAAAAGGGAAAUGAUGAACGAAUAGCGCUCGCUUCGUAUAAUCUAGUCACGACAGUGCUAUCGGUUGCUUUUAACUAUAUUUGCUAGCGUUCAAAUGCGAUUAAAGUAGUAAGUAUCCGCUGCAAGCUUGGAAAGAAUUUGAUAAUUUCAUCAAAACAUGUGUAGUCAUUUUCACUGUAUAACUUUUUUUCGCGUGACGUAUGGUCAGCGAAUAAAAUGCAACACAUCCAGUAUCACAGCAUCACUCUUCUCUUUGAGACAGCGCUGAAUUCAGCUUCAAAGUUUCCCAACGCUCAGUUGUGAAAACUGAAGAGUCGUAAGUUCCGAAAAUUUUAUAUUUGUUUCUCAUCCUUUUUUUUCAACAUGGAUUGGAUGUCUUCAAAUGGAGGCGCUCCAUCUUCCGUCCUCAUUCCGUUGGGGACAUAUUACAAACGCCAUUAUUACACUAACGACCAAUGCUCGACCAACCUCGAAGUUCUCGUAACGCAAUUGCAAUCUGAUGAUCCGAAAAAUCAUUCACGUCGACUUGGUCUUGGCUUCGUCGACAUUAUCAACAAGGACCUGAAGCCUAUGCUGAUUGGUUGCUGUAAGGAAGAGCCCGCAAUUUUUCGUUUAGCAGUCAAGUUGCUGGUUGGCAUAACUACGCCCAUUCGGUGCCUCACUUUCAUAGAAACAUCCGGUCAAAGAAUCCACGCAUCGGAUAUUAUCUGCCAAUUGAGACAACUUCUUUACAGGGCUAAAGAAUCUUUCCUCGACGCCAGGAGCACUGGAGCUGUUAUCGCUCAUGUCGAGAGUCUGUUGGAGCAUCCACCGUUAACGCCGGAAGAAACCGAGUCUGUAAAUUUAUGCUUGGCAUUGCUUCGUAACAUUCUGCACAUUCCGGAGCGACCCUCGGUACGCCCUCCGCACAUGUUGCUGUCAUCUCCUCGGAGUGUCAUUGAUCACACGUCGGACAACUCGCAGCAAAAUCAAAUCAUGUGUAACCUCCUUUCACAAGGAUUGGGUCCGCUUCUCCUGAAAUUAUUGGACUGCCCACAGAGGGAAGAAUGGGUGGGGACAAUCACACAGGUGAUCGCUGUCCUUUUUAAAUGUCGAUCUGCCGAAACUAUACGUACCCGAUUAUGCACCGGCCGCACUGUGAUGGAUAACGUUAUCUCUGUAUUAUUCGAGGAAGACGACGACGACGCUGUUUCCAAGCGUCUAGAAAUAUUUGUCAUGGAUUUUAUGCCAAUAGGUUACAACACACUUGUAGGCACCUUACAUGACCAGUUGCUUACACACGACUUGCCUAUUGAUGAAGCCCAAUUUUUCUGGCUUAUCACCUAUUUUGGUGGUUUCGCACCACUUCUGAAAUUGGACAUAAAUCACGUCAAAGAUGUGUUGAAUAUUGAAAUCCUUUCUUACUUGACAUGGGGAGUCAUUCGUGAAACAGAAAUUUUGGACAAAAAUCAUUUCCGUGAAGUGAACCUCGAAUCCUCUGUCCGGCGAUUGCAUCGAGGUGUCACGGCCAUCCGACAAUUUUUGCAGGUCAUGGAGAUGUAUUCCAAAGCUGUCUGUUGGACAUGUCAGCAGGCUGAAAGCGAUGAUUCGCAAGGUUCUGAAACGUACAUUCGUCAGCUUCACAGUUUCUUGCCAGUAAUUAAGGAUCUUCACCAAGCUUUUUUAGUACUCUUGCGGCAAUAUAAUCCUACAGUUCAGGAUGGACAGUACCUUCGCGAUGUAAUCGCAACAAAUCACUUUCUAUUGGUUACCCUUGAGCGAGCCGCUGGGGUUCCGGCAUACGGUGGGAGUACUGUUGAUUUAAAAGAACAUCUGAAACAAUUCUGCACUCCCACGAUCGUGGCUAAAUACGGAAUUGCUCUUAGUGAUUUUAGAACCAAUGACAUUGUCGUUAAUCAUUCCAUUUUUCAGUUUUUGCAUCAUGUCAAUGGUGAUCUCGGUAGAAUUGACCAUUUGUUAGACCCAGUUAUUGUGCGUCCAUUCGUCCAAAUAUGUGAGGAACAAUUUAAAGUUUGCGAAACUUGGCAUGGCAUGAUUCAACGUGUGGUGCAGACGUUUAUACGUGAUCAAUUGAUUCGCCGUCAUCAGAGGUCGGCCGCAAUGAGUAGAUUGUCAGAGUCAGACCAAGUGAACCCAUCAUCAUCAGCGGAGUCUCAUCAUGUCGCUAGUAAUCCCUAUCCCGUCUUUCGUCUACCACGAACAAAUAUUGAAACACUCCUCGUUCAACUGAGAAAUUCAGGAUUCCAGAGGCAGCUGGACUGGAUUCAAUAUUCCUUAUUAACGACUUGCUCAGCUCAACUGGGUACAUAUGAUGGCCGGAAUUUCUGUAAUCCAAUUGCUUGUCUCAGUAUCAAAAAGAAAAUGUCUUGCCCAAUAGUUCCGUGGACCGAAGAUAAGGUAUCCGCUCUCCGCUCUGAAAUUUUCGUUUGUCUUUUACAGCAACUAGGUCUUCUGCCGUCUGUCUUUCGUGACCCGAGGUUUUAUCCUUGCAUUCCUUACAAUUGGUCUCCAAUCACUGUGUUUAGAAAAGCUCUCAUUUUCAGUCCCAUUGAGCAAAAUAUGGUGGAUUUUGAUCUUUCCCUCGUCAUCAACACAACUGAGCAAAGCAAUCCCUGCCCAACUUGAUGUUAUCUACAAUACGUUCCCAAUUGAAGUAAAAAUUUCGCGUUAAGGCGAAAGUUAUUAUUGAUUACAUGUAAUAAUAUACCGAUAGACGAUAUAUUUGCGAAAGAAGCAAAACUUAGUGGCGAUUAUAUGGUUGUAGACAUAGUAGUCUUAUUUCCGUCAGAUUACAUAGCUGGGAACAGAGUACUAAGAAUACUAAUAAGUUCAUCGUAUAACUUAAUGCGCGUUAAAAUCUUAUCUUGUAUCUGUAACUGUGUUAUGGCUGUUAUUGCGCUUCCAUAUGGCAGGAAUGACUAUAAAUUACCUAUAAAUGUUUUAUGUAUAGUGAUGCCACUACCUAUCCAUUUGUUGUUUGAUCACUUACGUCAGUUGCCAAAUAGUCGAAAUAUAAAUACCGGAAAAAUAGUAAAUGGUGCUU